GACAUGAGAAGUGGGUUAUAUAUAGCGUUACUUGAGUCCGUCUGGUUGUGAAGACUAUCGCAGCAAAAGAGCACAGCUUCGAGUCUAAGAUGGCAAAAGAUAUGGAAAUUGCGGCAGAGAGUGGGUUGGCACACAAAGACUACCACGACCCUCCUCCCACCCCAUUCUUCGACGCCACCGAACUCUCCAAGUGGUCCUUCUACAGAGCCCUCAUCGCCGAGUUCGUCGCCACCCUCCUCUUCCUCUACGUCACCAUCCUCACCGUCAUCGGUUACAAUCAGCAGACCGACGGCACCAACCCCUGCAACGGUGUUGGCAUCCUCGGUAUCGCUUGGGCCUUCGGAGGCAUGAUUUUCGUCCUCGUUUACUGCACCGCCGGCAUAUCUGGGGGUCACAUAAACCCGGCCGUGACGUUUGGGUUGUUUCUGGCGAGGAAGGUGUCGCUGGUGAGAGCAAUUUUGUACAUGGUGGCUCAGUGCUUGGGUGCCAUUUGUGGUGUUGGGUUGGUGAAGGGCUUUCAGAAGAGUUACUACAACAGGUAUAAAGGUGGUGCUAACAUGCUCUCUGCAGGCUACAGCAAAGGCACUGGCUUGGGCGCUGAGAUUAUUGGCACCUUUGUUCUUGUCUACACUGUCUUCUCUGCCACCGAUCCCAAGAGAGUCGCCAGAGAUUCCCAUGUUCCCGUGUUGGCACCACUUCCAAUUGGGUUUGCGGUGUUCAUGGUUCACCUCGCCACCAUCCCUAUCACUGGCACUGGCAUCAACCCUGCUAGAAGCCUUGGUGCUGCUGUUAUAUACAACAGUGAGAAGGCAUGGGAUGACCAGUGGAUCUUUUGGGUUGGACCCUUCAUCGGUGCUGCUCUUGCUGCAUUCUACCACCAGUCUGUGUUGAGAGCUCAAGCGGCUAAGGCUCUGGGAUCUUUCAGGAGUUCCUCUAACCUGUGAUUCCACCUGAGCUAGCUAGGAGAGAGGGAGAGGUUUGAACAUUUGAUCUUAUUAUACAUGGUGGAUUGGAAUUUGUAUAUCCUCAGCACCGUGUAUUUAUUUUUAAUUACUAUUUGCAGUAAUAUCUCAACAGACAUGUCCAUGUUAAUUUGUGUAUGUAUUUUUAUGUGUUUACAUUACAUGAUCCUCUAUCUUAAAUGUGCGUCAAUACUGUCCUUUGGUUUUCCUAUUUUUCUUGUCGAUUCAUGUCGUUUAACUUUAUUUCGUUUCAUUUUAUUUGGAAAAUUUGGAAUGAUAUCUUGAGAUGUUGGGAUCACGAGUAUUGAGGAGUUUUCUAAG